AUCGCGACAGACGAGAAGAAUAUCGAGUACGAACGAAUAUCCGACCAAACUUGACAAGUGAUCAGCUCCAACGUCCAACGUCCAACGAUUGGGACGCUGACAAAAUGUCGUCCAUGAACGAACCGUUUUACAUCCGAUAUUACUCUGGUCACUCUGGGCGAUUUGGUCAUGAGUUUCUUGAAUUCGACUUUAAAGCUGUAGGAGAUGGACGCAGCGCAGUCGCCCGUUAUGCCAACAACUCCAACUACCGAAACGAUAGCUUGAUCCGCAAAGAGAUGUGUGUCAGCUCUCUGGUGGUCGAAGAGAUCAAGCGCAUUAUUCGGACCAGCGAAAUCCUGAAGGAAGACGACUCGAAAUGGCCACAGAAGAACAAGGACGGACGGCAAGAACUCGAGAUCCACUUGGGAAACGAGAAAAUCUUCUUUGAGACGGCGAAAAUCGGCUCCUUGGUGGACGUGACGGAAUCGGCGGAUCCCGAAGGCCUGCGUGUCUUCUACUAUCUUGUGCAAGACUUGAAGGCAUUAGUCUUCAGCUUGAUUGCGCUUCAUUUCAAGAUCAAGCCUAUCUGAACAACGACGGUUCGGACUUUGCCAGCAUGACGACAUGAUGAUACCCUAUAAUGUGCUAAAGGGCAGGAGAAAAACGGAGGCGUAUUCUGUACUGGAUAGAACAGGAAGCGGUGGGGAGCAUAGCAUGGAAAAUUGCCUAUGAUCGUGGCAUACCCUUAGGCCGGGUCGGGCCUAUGUGAUUUGCUCUUCUGAUUUCACAAAUGGAGGCGCCGCCAAGGGGAAACUGUUCUAAUGAUACCAUCCCUAUUAUUCUGAAAGACAUGGACCUGACCUUUCGAUCUUUGCACGAAUCUCUGGUGUGUUUCUGAUCGCGUAUCCGGGGCAGCCCGGGGUCCUCCGUGCUACCCGCCAGGUGGAUACGGUCCGGCAUGUGGUGGCAAAUAUAACAACCCGCGGAGGACGCACAGGCCAAUGACCUCCAGAUCCCCAGAGGGUCCCGCUG